AUUUCCUCUGCAAUUUUCCAAUUAAAAGCUUAAUAGCCCUGUAGACAGGGUUCAUGUGGUGAAGUUUACCGUGGCCACUAUUCUCAAAACCGAAUAGCUUGGAUCCCAUUACUUGCUUGAAUAAACCUUUUUACCGUCAGAAGUGGGACGCGGGGUUGUCCAGUGUUGUGUUUCAAUGGCCUCAAUAAUGUGAGGUGAAAGGGACAUAUAGCCACCCCUAAAUAUUUAAUCCUCGGUCCAUUUUUAAUGAUCAACAUUUUAAGGGCUUGCUAGAUCUAAUACCAAAAAACAAUGCAAGGUUUUUUUUUUAAGUCGAUAAUAGAGUGGCCAUUAGGCAAUAUUCGUUGGAAAAUAAUGAUGGGCCUACCCUUUAAAUAGGUUACCAUUAAAACACGUUUUUGGAACCAUUACAUUCAAAUGUGGGUAGAAUAGAAAGUAAAGGUGUAUUACUUUAAAUACAUGUUACAGCCCUGUGUUUACAUCUGCUUACAAAUAAGAUGCUCUCAUUGCUUUUUAGGUGGAACUUUGGAUGAUGUCUAAAUGCCAAACGCGAUAUAAGCUAUAGCACUAGGCCUAUAUAUAUCACUGUGCGAAAUCUGCCCCAAUUGUAAGGAAAACAUGCUGUCAUAUCCCCAUUUGUGUAUUUAAUCAACAACAGAUAAAAAUGCAUGCACCCAUCGCCUUGCGGGUCCUCAUUUAUUGAUGAUUGCGUAUGAGAAUAAACAUGUAUGGCCUAUAAUGUAUUCUCCAAUUAAAGGAACCAUUUAGGCUAUUCAACAUUUAGUUAGGUUGCAUGCGUCAAUGAGAACGUAUAGGGUACAGUAAAUGAGUGCCUCCCUUAAACUUGCUUUGCGAGUAUUAGUGUUGCUGGUGAUGGUAGCCUAUUUGGUUACCCGUUCUCAUGAAUGCGUUUCAGAUUGUAUGAUGCGUGUGUUUAUUGCGAGCAGAGGUGGAUCCUAGCCUACAAUCCAGCAUCUCUCAUCAUGCGUGUAGCGAGCCGCUAAGGGGUUUGAUCUUUUGACUGGUGGGCUGACAACACUCUUCACCACACAUUAUCAGAUGCACUUGUGCCUCCAGCUUUGAGUAGCGAGCGCCUCGUGUGAAAAAAUGAAUGGCUACGGAUCACCCUACCUCUAUAUGGGGAGCGCAGUGUCCCAACCACGAGCACCUCUGCAGAGGACCCCCAAGUGCGCGCGAUGCAGGAACCAUGGGGUGCUUUCCUGGCUGAAGGGACACAAGCGCUACUGUCGUUUCAAAGAUUGCACCUGCGAGAAAUGCAUUCUCAUCAUCGAAAGACAAAGGGUCAUGGCCGCACAGGUAGCGCUGCGGAGGCAACAAGCAAACGAGAGUUUAGAGAGUCUCAUCCCGGAGUCUCUGAGAGCCCUGCCCGGCAUGUCUGUGCCUGGGGGCGCUGAGGUGAACCAGAGACCACCGUCGCGCACCGGGGACUUAGACCUGAGAUGGACUACAGAGCAAGCGGCGAAUACCCAACUUGUCGCCGAUCUGAAUGAGGAUGUGUCUGGCGAGCAGUCUGGAGGUGAAAACGGGGGGACUUCCAGCGAGAAGGAGCAAGAUCCUAGUAGCUCCCCCGAGGGCUCCAAACCAAACUCCUGCUGCAACCAGGAGCCCCCUGACAUCCCUUCCCAGCCCGAGGAGGGAGGUUACACCCUGUCCAAAGUCUGCAGCGCCGAGCGGGAGCCUAAAGGUGAGAGCCCUCCCAAGUACCCUGGAGAACCGAACUUGCUGAUCGAAGGUCUUUCUGGGUCUGUCUCCCUACCGUUCAACCUCCGGUCCAAUCGCCCCCCACUGGAGGUCCUCAAGAAGAUCUUCCCUGCUCACAAGCCCCCUGUCCUGGACCUCAUCCUCAAGGGGUGUGGAGGGGACCUGGUGGGGGCCAUCGAGGUGCUUUUGUCGAGCAGGACAUCAGACUCCAGCCGGCACCCCGACUCAGACUCUCACUCUGACACCCUCAUGCUUCCCUCCAACGGCCAUCUCUUUGAACACACCCUGGGGUCCUACCACCCCAUGUCCAGCUCUGCCAAGUGGUCGGUGGGGUCAGCGUUCCGGGUGCCCGAGUCUCUCCGCUUCUCCUCCGACUCGCCCUCCAGCAUGGUGCCCGCGGGCGCCCUGGGCAUGCCCCUGCAGCAUCCCUCCUUCCCCCAGCCGCCCCGCUACCCGCUCAUGCUGCGCAACUCGCUCACGCGCUCCCAAGCCAGUCCCUUCAUGCACAACGAUGUGACGCUGUGGAACACCAUGACUCUGCAGCAGCAGUACCAGCUCCGCUCCGCCGCCCAGUACGUCUCCUCGUUCGCCCCCUCCGCCGCGGCAGCCUCCGGGGGCGGGGUGUUUCGCGGCUCCCCGGUGCUGUCGUCCCGAUCCCCGGAGGACCACCGGAUCAUCAUCCAGGAGGACGGCUGCCCGGUGGUCAACCCCAAACCCAGCAUCUACGCACCGGAGGAGGAGUACGAUGAGCGGUCCGAUUCUUCAGACUCACGGAUCUUAAACUCCUCCACCUAAUCAUGAAUGAAUACUGCUAUACGGCAAUGGAGACACCAAAAAAUGUAUUGGGAUGAAGAUCAAAUGAGUUUUAUUGCAAGAAAUAUAUUGAAAAGGGUACUUUUGUUUUUUGGACUUAACUUAAGCAGCUGCCUACUUGAAUGUUGAAUAGAUAUUAUCCCGUAACAUUAUGUCAUCAUGGUAUUUAUAAUAUAUCCAGUUAGCAAAUGGAUAUGACCAAAUUAUUAAUGUAAAAGUAAACUUGUGUUGUGAAAAUCUUCAUCUCCAGUAUGCAUGUGUGAAACUGAAAUGUAAAGAUCUUCAGUAAUGCAUGUCAAUAGUAUGCCAUAUAAACCUUGGUAAUGCCACAUUGUUAUUAAUUUAUCCACCAAAUAAUAUAAUAAAAUAUAUUAAGAUAUCAAGUAUUUCUGGAUGUUGAACUAUUUUGCUGGAUGCUGUGCACGUGCUGCACUGGGGUUUGAAAUCUUAUAAUAUUAUAAUCCCACUUAUUAAAUAUCAACUCGCAUUUUCCGUUUUUUAUUUGUCUGACAAUGCAUACACUCAAAUGGUGUACCGUUGAUAAAAUGUCUUUGUAUAAGAAAUAAUAAAAUGGGUGGCCAAAUCAA